CGUACUCCCUUCUUCCAUGACUUGAUAUAUUUGAUAAACAACAUUAAACUAAUAUAGACAAAUGAUCAAAUUGCAUAAAACCAAAAGGUAUUCUUUGUUUAUUUUUAACGUUUUUUGGUUCCAUUACUGUUCUUGUGCUUUUCACUUUAUUAUUUUUCCAAAUAUGAUUUGACAUUGUAAAAAAGUAAUAAAAGAUUAUAUCACAACUCAAUUUUAUACACAAAGCACUCAGUACUUUAAACCUUAUACAUACUUCCUAUACAAUAUGACAAAUAAUUACCAUGAAUUUUAACCAAUUACAGGGAAGGUGAGACAAAAAGUUGAACAGGUGUUAGACAUGGCCAUAAUUUUCUAGGGGGCCCAGAGGUGAAAAACCUGUUCCUGUGCCCCAACUGACCCCCACAAUAUAUAGCAGUUUCACUGUGUCCAUGGAUCCAGAAACUGACCAGUACUCAAAGGCUGAAAUGGUUAUUUGUUUACCAGUAAUUUGUUAGAUGACUGUCAGUCUUUAACUAGAUUUAGACUCUACAAAACCAGGGCCACAAGAUGGAUAGUUGAAGGAGGACCUGUCACUGUCAUGAUUAAUAAUGUGCUUCAGUUUGAGAUUAACCAAAUGAUACGGUGUAGCCUGGGGCAUUUGAGGUCGCUGGGCCUCUGUGGCCCCUUUGCUUGGCUGGUUAUCCUGCUUUGUGUGUGCUUUAUAUAGCAGAAAACAGAAUCACUCACUCAUCUCCAUGAUUUGAAUGCAAAAUUUUGGCAAAAGCUUUUGCCACUAUUUUGAACUUAAUAAUAAAGCUCAGUCAUGUUUGCAGUGUUUGUGACCUUCUGGAGGAUUUUUCAUGCAAAUAUUGGACAAAUAUUGACAUGCCCCAUGUCUGGCUCCACAUUCGCCCCACCUAGUUGCCCAUUUUUAGAUUAGCUGGGAGUUAGGCAGUCAGGCACUGCCAAGAUGGAGAUGGUGGAGCAGCCCACUCUCAGCUUCAAAUUGCUCUUCAAAAAACUAUCAGUGACGUCAUUGUGGCUCUGUCCAGCUUUUUUUACAGUCUAUGAUGCCCAGUCUACAGUUUAAUAACUGUGGCAAGUAUAAGCUGUCGAUAUCAUUGUUAGCACAGCUGGGUGUGUGGGACUCUUGCUGGAAGGCUAAAACAAGGCUAAUUCAUUUACUGGCUAAUUCGCUACACAACAACCUAAGCUAACAAGCCAGGUAUGGUGAGCGUGGACACCAAUAUAUGCCAAUUAGUGCUAAUAUAUAAAUAAAAAUAAUACUAGAAUUUCACUCACCUCAAAAUACAGGAGUACAGAAUUCCUCGUGUUCUGUUAUAGUAUAUACCAUAUAGUAAGCCAUAUAAUUUGUCCAAUAUUUGCAUGAAAAAUCUAAACUACACCUAAACAUAGCCGAGUAGUCACGUUCAGUGAAUUGAAUUAGCUCAGCUGAUACCCAGUGAUAACUAGCAUACAGCUAGUGGCUAGUCAACUGUGACCCCCCACCUGUCACUGAAGGGGGCCAUAUCCUCAAUUGUGCAUUACUUUAAACCUUAAUAAAGUUUAAACGGGGAGGUUAUGUAAAAUUUCACCCCCAUACAGUUGUCAAAAAGGGGGAAGUAGCUACAGAGACUGAAACCGUUUUUCUUUUGCAACAGGCUGUAAACCUGUAUUUCUGCUGUUUGGGCAUUUAAAUAUAUGAGUCUAUGGGCAUUGACUUCCUCCCAGCCCCCAGUGGCCAUUUGAGGAACUUUCACAUUGGCUUCAUAUUUCAGCCUCUGAGGCCCCCGCUCAACUUGGAGUUGAUUUCAGGACUGUAACUUCCGGCCCUUAAGACAACGUUAAUUCCGCAACAGAAAGAAAAAUAUACGGGAACCGUUUUGGUUUAAGUUGGUCAAUGUCUGCGUACUUUAAAUGUAGUCUUGUUUAAUACUGUUGAAGUUGUCAGAAGUAAAAGUAGUGACGGGUAAUCCAGGAGAAAUGACUUCGGUGGACAUGGACUUGCAGAAAUAUUUGUUGCGCAUUGGGUUUGUGGGUCCAGCUGAGCCCAGCCUGGAUGUGCUGCGGUCGGUUCACACCUGUCACCUGCUGUCGGUGCCGUUUGAAGACCUCACCGUGCACAGCAACGGACGAGUCCAACUCGAUCUUCCGCUUUUGUUCGACAAGAUCGUGAACCGGCGCAGAGGCGGUUUUUGCUUUGAGAACAACGGACUCUUCUCCUGGUUGCUGUCCAAAAUGGGCUUCCAGGUAACUUUGAUUUCCGGCCAGGUGAAGAACUCCGUCACCGGCCGCUACGGACCACCUUUUGAUCAUCUGAUCCUCAUGGUGACCAUUGAGGACCGGCGGUGGCUGUCCGACGUGGGCUUUGGCGUGCCAGGCUUCAGUACCCCCCUUUCACUGGAGCACAGUGGCCCCCAGGAGCAGGGCCACCGAGUGUACCGCAUUAGAAAGGAACGGGAUAUGCACUUUCUGGAAUGGCAACAGGAAGAAAACAGAGGUACAGAUGGAGACUGGACAGAGAUCUACAAGUUUACCCUUGAUCCCCGGUGUCUGGAGGAUUUUACUGAGAUGUGCCAGUACCACCAGAGCUCCCCCAGCUCCAUUUUCUUCUGCAAGUCCCUCUGCACUGUUUUAAAACCAGGUGGAAGGAUCACCUACAUUGGCCACAGACUGAUCACCGCCACGUUUCCCAAUGAGGAAACAGGGAGGGUGUUUGAAACCACAACCAGGGAACUUAAAGAUGAGGAGAUUCCUGGUAUUUUGGAACAGGAAUUUGGAAUUGUGCUAAACUCUCUGCUCAUACCAAAGGAUGAGGUGAUAACACCACCCCCAGUCGUGUAUUGAUCAUGUUUCCAUAUGGAAUAUCUUUACACCGUCAUAGACAAAAUUAUGUGAAAAAAAUGUAUGUCUUCUUAUUGGUAUAGCUGCAAACAGUCUUGAUUCAUACAUGUUAUACAUAAGGAUUGCAAAUUGAUUUUUUAUCACUCAGAUCAAAGUAUGAAGUACAGUAUAUAGAAAGAUUGGACAUGUGGCUCUUGUCUAAUCCUGAUCUUUGCAUAUACCAACAAACCCAAAUCUAGCCAUUAAACAAUCAACCACACACAGUCUUAACACAUGCAACAAAAAAGAUAAAUUGUCAGUCUGAUUUAAUAAAUUAUACAUACACUUUUAA